AUGUCUGGCCGCCCCUGCCGCUGGCUCCUCCGAGGGACUCUCGCCGCGGCUGCCCUGCUGCGCCCGGAGCGGCGCGCCCGCCCUCUCGCCGCCGUGCGGCCCGCCGCGCGCCCGCGCUCUCCGGUCCCGGGUUUUCUUGGAGCCUUAAAAAUGGAGAUGACAGAAAUGACUGGUGUGUCGCUGAAACGUGGAUCCCUCGCUGUUGAAGAUAAUGACAAUCUGGCCCCAGCUGAGGAGGCAAAAAGACAGAAGGUCUCGGAAGGCUGGCUAACCAAAGGUCAGGAUGGGAUAGAAAAUAACUCUCCACCCCGCUGUGAAAAUGUGCCUGCGCUACCUGAAGCUGUAAGUGCUGGAAAGAGUAAAAGAAAUUCUGAUGCCCAGCUGCAAGAAGAGGAAGAGGAGGAGGAAGAUGGCCUUUCAGAGGAGGGUGAGGAGGAAGAGGAAGCUGAGAGUUUUGCAGACAUGAUGAAGCAUGGACUCACUGAACUUGAUGUAGGCAUCACCAAGUUUGUAAGUUCUCAUCAAGGAUUCUCGGGAAUCUUAAAAGAAAGAUACUCUGACUUUGUUGUCCACGAAAUAGGAAAAGAUGGGCGCAUCAGCCAUUUGGAUGACUUGUCCGUCCCCGUGGAUGAGGAGGAUCCUCCAGAAGACCUAUUUACAGUUUUGACAGCUGAGGAAAAGCAGCGUUUAGAAGAGCUUCAGCUUUUUAAAAAUAAGGAAACCAGUGUUGCCAUUGAGGUUGUUGAGGACACCAAAGAGAAAAGAACUGUCAUCCAUCAAGCAAUUAAGUCUCUGUUUCCAGGACUAGAGACAAAAACAGAGGACAGAGAGGGGAAGAAAUAUAUUGUAGCCUACCAUGCCGCUGGGAAGAAGGCUCUGGCAAAUCCAAGAAAACAUUCUUGGCCAAAAUCUAGGGGAAGCUACUGCCACUUUGUACUGUACAAGGAGAACAAAGACACCAUGGAUGCUAUUAACGUGCUGUCCAAAUACUUAAGAGUCAAGCCAAACAUAUUCUCCUACAUGGGGACCAAAGAUAAACGGGCCAUCACUGUCCAAGAGAUUGCUGUUCUCAAAAUAACUGCACAAAGACUUGCCCACUUGAACAAGUGCUUGAUGAACUUUAAGCUAGGGAAUUUCAGCUAUCAAAAAAACCCACUGAAAUUGGGAGAGCUUCAAGGGAAUCACUUCACUGUUGUUCUCAGAAAUAUAACAGGAACUGAUGACCAAGUAGAACAAGCCAUGAACUCUCUCAAGGAGAUUGGUUUUAUUAACUACUACGGAAUGCAAAGGUUUGGAACUACAGCCGUCCCCACAUAUCAAGUUGGAAGAGCUAUACUACAAAAUUCUUGGGCUGAAGUCAUGGAUUUAAUAUUGAAACCCCGUUCUGGAGCCGAAAAGGGGUAUUUGGUUAAAUGCAGGGAAGAAUGGGCGAAGACUAAAGACCCGGCUGCUGCCCUCAGAAAGCUCCCUGCCAAAAGGUGUGUGGAAGGGCAGCUGCUUCGAGGACUUUCAAAAUAUGGAAUGAAGAAUAUAGUCUCUGCAUUUGGCAUAAUACCUAGAAAUAACCGCUUAAUGUAUAUUCAUAGCUACCAAAGCUAUGUGUGGAAUAACAUGGUGAGCAAGAGAAUAGAAGAGUACGGACUGACACCUGUUCCAGGGGACCUAGUUCUCAAAGGAGCCACAGCCACCUACAUCGAGGAAGAAGAUGUUAAUAAUUACUCCAUCCAUGAUGUGGUAAUGCCCUUGCCUGGUUUUGAGGUUAUCUACCCAAAGCAUAAAAUUAGUGAUGCCUACAGGGAAAUGCUCACAGCAGAUAAUCUUGAUAUCGACAACAUGAGACACAAAAUCCGAGAUUAUUCUCUAUCAGGGGCCUACCGAAAGAUCAUUAUUCGUCCUCAGAACGUCAGCUGGGAAGUUGUUGCAUACGAUGACCCUAAAAUUCCACUCUUCAACACAGAUGUGGACAAUCUAGAAGGGAAACCACCACCAGUUUUUGCUUCUGAAGGCAAAUACAGAGCUCUGAAGAUGGAUUUUUCUCUUCCUCCCUCCACCUACGCUACCAUGGCCAUUCGUGAAGUGCUAAAAAUGGACACCAGCAUCAAGAACCAGACCCAGCUGAAUACUACCUGGCUCCGCUGA